AUGUCGAAACAGGACAGCUUAGUUCAGGCUGAGGCCGCCGACGAUGAAAUUGACGAAUGGGAUCAACGAAUUUUCAGCACAGGCUGUUCUGAGGAGCAACUGCGCAUGAACGAUUGCUACUAUGAGAAAAAGGACUGGAGAGCUUGCAAGGCCGAAAUGGAGGCCUUCAGACAGUGCUGGAAACGUAAGGGAAAUGAGGAGCGUACACAAAGCAAGGACAUUCCGUCGAACGAAAAGUAG